AUGUCAAAUUGGCCGGAAAUCAAAGAGAAUAUUAACACCAAUUUAAAUCCACAAGACAGAUACGAUAUAGUUAACAGAGUCUUCCAUUUAAAAGUACAGAAACUCCUGAACCUCAUUAACAAGUCUCAUAUAUUCUGUCCGCCGCGCUUUCAUAUGUACACAAUAGAAUGGCAGAAGCGUGGCUUGCCACAUGUACACCUGCUGGUAUGGUUAGUGAACAAAAUUAGACCAAACCAAAUUGACAGGGUUAUUUCAGCUGAAUUACCGGAUAAAGAUGAAGAUCCUAUCCUGUAUGAAAUCGUUAAGAAACAUAUGAUGCACGGCCCUUGCGGGACUUUAAACCCGAAUUCUCCAUGUAUGCGAGAUUCUAAAUGCAGCAAAAAAUAUCCGAAGUCGUUCCAAACAACAAGUACUAGCGAUGACGGAUAUCCCAAAUAUCAUCGACGAUCGCCAGAGCAGGGUUGGCAAAUUGCUACCGUCAAAAACAAUGAUGUUGAUAACCGAUGGAUCGUUCCCUACAAUCCGCUCCUUUUGAAAAUUUUUGAUGUCCACAUCAACGUGGAGUUGUGCAAUUCAAUAAAGUCAAUCCAAUGUGUUACUAAGUACAUUAAUAAAGGCAGUGACCAAGCCACUUUCAGCAUACAAUCACCAUAUGAAGUGGAAAUAUAUCAGUCUGGACGCUACAUCUGCAGUUCUGAAGCUGUAUAG